CUUUUUAUUUUUAAUAAAACCUCAUUAAAAAAAGGGGGGUGAAACACUGGCACUCACUGACCAGUCUGCAGUUUUUUUUACUUAAAUUCUCCUGAAUGUAUCCACCUGACUACCUUUAAUUCGACAUUAUGUUGUGUGAAAAAUAAAUACUUUUAGCUUAACACAAUGCCUUUUGUUAUUCUAUCAAGGUUUCAUCGAAAAUGUAUGGAUUAAAAAAAAAAAUUAAGUAGAAAAAUAAAAGAAUGUUAAUUGGCCUCUGUUAGUGAAAAAACAAAUGUGUUUUUUAGGGUACAUGUUUUGUGGAUUUUGGGACCUGUAGAUAGGUAUCUGUAGAUAUUCCCUGUGCCCUGUUGUUUAGACGUCAUGGUUUCCCUGGCAACGACAUAUUGACACCUACUUGCCCAGGACACAUGGUGAGGAGGAUGUUAAUCCACUCAGCUUGAGCAACUUCCACCAAAGCACCGGGGGAAAUCAUGGGCCUGUUGUCCAUUCUCCGGAGACUCAAACAGUCUCCUGAGCAGGAGGUGCGCUUGCUGCUGUUAGGACUGGACAACGCUGGCAAGACCACUCUUUUAAAACAGCUUGCAGCCGAAGACAUCAGCCACAUCACCCCCACACAAGGCUUCAAUAUAAAGAGCAUGCAGUCUUCUGGCUUCAAGCUGAAUGUUUGGGAUAUUGGAGGGCAGCGCAAGAUCCGUCCUUACUGGAGGAAUUAUUUUGAGAACACAGAUGUACUGAUCUAUGUGAUUGACAGCUCAGAUAGAAAAAGGUUUGAAGAGACAAGUUUGGAACUUGCUGAGUUAUUGGAGGAGGAAAAGCUUGCUGCCGUGCCACUGCUAAUCUUUGCCAACAAACAGGACCUGAUGACAGCCAGCCCUGCAUCAGAGCUGGCCGAGAGUCUGAACCUGCACACUAUCCGCGACCGCAUGUGGCAGGUGCAGGCCUGCUCAGCCAUCACUGCUGAGGGAGUGCAGGAUGGUAUGACCUGGGUCUGCAGAAACAUAAGAUUUCACAAGAAAUAACCUCGGAGACAAAGAAACCUUGCAGCUGCACUUUAAACCUGAUCUAUUACAUGAAUGUUCUUGAACGGGAUCUGUUGAUUUUCUUUCUUUACUUUUUAUUAAAUUGCACUUAAAGUUUUGUCAUUUUCUAUUAAUUUGGAGGUACAAGUAAUAUUUUAUAUGUAAUGAUUGUCUGCAUAUUUACCCUAUACAUGCAAACUUCAUAUUUCUCAACAUGUGUUUGAGCAGUUCAUUUGGUUUGAUCAAACUGCUGUUACUGCACAAAUAGUGUUGUUUUUUUUCAAUGUUCUGAUUUUAUUCCAGUGAUGUCUGGAGAAUAAAUGAAUAGUGUUUGAAGUGGUGGAGCCAUGCCUGAUGUUGUUGUCUCUGGUGAACGCUAGAGGGCGCCAUGCGCAAGCUUAAUGUAUCACCACCUCAAUCCUUCAGUGCUGUGGCGUCAUGUGCUAUGAUUUGUUUCUUUUCAUAAUCGUCUUCCAGCAGUGUAUGCUAGUCUUUAUUACCAACCGCAAAGUGUGUUUUUGGCAUUUUGUCAAACAGAUUCAAGGCCAUGCACAGCGGGCGUUAAUUAGCAGUGAUUCGUUCAGUGAUCACUCACCAUUUCUCUCAUUCAGACGCCAUCUCUGCUCUUCGUGUUCUGCUUCAGUGACGAACAUUCAAGAUUUAGGGAAAAAUGACCAUAAAUACGAUCACCUACAAGGAAACAGACCUCAACAACUCUCUAUGCAUAUGCAGUACACAGCAAAGAAACACCUUAACCGGCCAAUUCUGGUCUUGUUCACCAUGAUUUACCACAAGGCAGUUGCAGUCUCUGCUUAUUUCUCUCUUUUGUCUUUUGCAGCACAUUUGCCAGAAACCCGACUAAUCUGAACUGGAUGAACGCUCUACUGUGGUCAUAUAGGGCAUUUACAUACAAACCUUUUCCAGGACUAAUAGCCCUCCAAUACAAUUUGCAUUUAUAUAGCCCCCUUCAUACCAACAUGAUUUGGCACCUUUGCCCAUGAUAAAAAUAAACCUCCUCCUUUGGCCUUGAGUUACUGCCCUGCUGCUGGUGCUGUGUGUGCACUUGUGUGUCUCCCUUCAUGUGUAAGGUUGGUUGAUUUUAAUAUGUCAGAGCUGUGUGGCCCUCUGAUGGGACUGGAAUAAGUUCAGAACCUCAGAAUGAUUCUCAUAAUGAUUCAGCUGUCUGUGUGGGCUUUGCUUUCAUUCUGUGCAUGCGUGUUUUCUCCUGUAACGUAUUAGAUUUUUGUUGAUACAGCAGAGUCAUAAGGUACAUAUUAAGCCAUAACAAAUUUCGUACAAACUAGCAAAAGGGAUCCACUGGAGAUGAUGUAUGCACCGCUUUUAUAAUGUUCUGCUACCAAUGAUUGGAUAAGGAAGAACAAAAUUAAAGGCUUCAUUGUGAAUAAGACAACAAAGGCCUCUUCUUUGCCUUCUGAAUUGUUUAAUCAUUAACAUCUUAUCCAAGUGAUUAUAUCUCAGCCCUGUAAAAACACACCCAAUUGCCCAUUAAAGUAGUUUGAUAAAUCUUUUCCUUUUUAAAAAAAAUCUACAAUAGCAUGUGAAUCUGCUGGCAGAUGCUAUGAUGUGCCCUUAAAUCUCAGAUUAAUAAAAUUGGAUUUGUCGAAUAGAAGAGUGGAUUGGAGCGGCCAGUCCUCGUUACCUCCGGCUUCAUCAUCAGAGAGGCAGUCAGGCCUGCAAAAGGCCAUAAAUCACAGGACUUUCCCAGCCACUCAGGCCAACACAGCACCCUCCCACACAGGGGAAACGCAGGGCAGAGUCAGACUGACUCGCAGGACAGAAGAAAGAGGAUAGAGAUCUGGGGAUUUAAUUAAACUGUUUUAAUUCAAAAUGCCACUCCAGUGAGUGCCUAAAGAAAUAGUCUACCAACAAAAAAUGAUCAAACUGAAUAUGCAAAGCACGAAGUGGGCAUAACACUCAAUUGUAUUAAUUGAAAUAUAUCAGCAGAAGGAUGCUAUGGUGAUUACAUUUUAUCACAAGUGAAAUGCUCAAUUAAUCAAAAAUGCCACUGGAUUAUAUUGUUUCACAAGGAGAAACUCUUUUCUCAAAAGUCAUGAAUGCCUGCUGCAACAGUAGAGUCAUGAUAUGUUCGGCACUUAUGUAACUGCAUUAAAUGCAAACUUUCAACUUAUGAUUAUGCCACGUUGUCUUUCCUUUCUAAAUAGCUUUGUCUUUUUUACGUAAGUCGUCCUUUAUUAUAGUUAUUCAUUGGUCAGCAGUAUUUUUGCAAUACGAUUGUGUCCAACCAAAUAAACGAUUACAAACAUAUUUGUAGUGGUAAUAC